AUGGCUACUCUUGAUCCUCCGAUUUAUCAUGCUUCGGUUAAUUCUACAUCGACUGAUUAUAUUUCGGUUAAUUCUACAACGUUUAAUACCACAUUAGGUGAUUUAAUAAUCUUUGCAAAUCAAAAUGAAAUCACUCUAAUUGGACUUUUUAUACCAAUUGCAUUUGCAAUGUUAAUGUACAUUUUUCGUCGAUGUGCUUGUAAAAAUGGACAAAACUUUGUCUAUUCUUAUUGCUUAUUGUUGGCUUAUGACUUUGCAUUUGAAGUUGCUUUUUUUAUCAAACAUUCACAUGUUAUUGAGGCAUUAUAUUUUCCCAGUAUGCUUUCUUGGGCUGUUCCGGCAUUCAUUAACUUUUUAGCUGGUCUAAUAAUUUUAUAUAAAACUUCAUAUAAUAAUUUCUUUAUAACGUUUUUAAGAAGUUUUAUUUGUGUUAUUGAUAUUCGAUUAUUACAAAUAUAUACUAAUCAAUAUCAAGAUGUUGUUCUUUGGUUCUCUGGUAUUAAUUUAUUAAUCGAAGAUAUUCCACAAUUAGUUAUUCAGAUAUUAUAUAAAACAAACACAUAUGGAUUUGAUAUCAUACCAUUUAUGAGUCUAAUAUUAUGCUCCAUUGUUAUAGUAAUUGGCUCAUUAUCACAUUUACAUAUAACUAUAGGUAAAUAUAAAACUAAAGAAACUGUUGAUAUUGAUAUUGAAACUGUUGAUGUUGAGAAGAGAGAUAGUGAGGAGAAAGAUAGUGAGGAGAAAGAUAGUGAGAAGAAAGAUAGCAAGAAGAAAGAUAGUAAGAAAAAAGAUAGUAAGAGAAAAGAUAGUAAGAGAAGAGAUAGUUCCGAUACUUUUAACGAAGAGUGGGGGAUGAUAUAG